GCCAGUUCAUGCUUCACUUGUGUCUUAGAAAAGUGUAGCCGAUGUCGGAAUCUGUCCACCAACUUUUGGCAUAAACAUUUAUAUCUAAAUCAAAUCCGCAUUUACUGAUGAAAUACCGGUAAAUUGAGUGGGGUGGCCUACAGAUUGACUGGUAUAGCCGAAUUGUCUUGGAAAUUUGUAUAAACAACGAAAUUCAUAAUAUGGACUUUAAAUAAAUCUGUUACACAAAAAUUCAGUUAUAAUGUCAGCAAAUGAUUCCCAUGUAGGAAUAUUAGACUUUGCAGUUGGAGGAAUAGACUUUGCGGUACCUGGAAAUGGAGGAAUGGAAUGUGCUGCAUACCUAUCAAAUACUCAAAGACUAGUUGAAAGCGUUUUAUUCUUGUUGUUCGCAGCUGGUCUAAUAUGGUGUGGGUACAGUAAAUUAAAGUUACCUCCCCUUAGAGACGAUGCUUUAAAUCGUGAGAUGGAUUAUUGGGGAAAGCGCAUCAUGUUGUUCUCUAUGUGUUUGACUUUUGGUAUAGAAUUGGGAUAUAAAUUUGCAUCAAAAACGAUGAUUUUUGUGGUUUAUCCUUGUCAUGUAGCAACAUCCAUACAGAUAUUUUUACUAGCAGUGCCUCCUAAAAGAUAUGUUACUGGUAUAUUUCGUUUACAGUUGUAUAUAUUAAAUGGUGCUCCAUUGGCUAUUAUAUUUCCAGUAACAGAUACCAGAAUUUUGCCUUUUGAAGUAGAAUUAUAUUAUAUACAACAUAUUCUCAUGUUGAUUGUACCGUUAUAUCUACUGAGAAUGGGAGGUGUAUAUAUUCCUGAAAAACUAAACGAUUUUAGUUGGUCGUUGGUGGCAUUGGGCAUUCUUUUUAUAUAUCAUUUUAUACCAUUACAGAUAGGAGCACUUAUUUCCCAUGUGAAUUUAAACAACAUGUUAUGUCCGGCAAUAUCCGAUCCUUUCCACGGCCAGUUUUAUAGAUUGUGUGGAUCCGCCCAUCAGAUUCUUUUAAUACCUCUACAAGGAAAGAUAUAUGCCUUGAUAGCCCAGUAUUUUGAUAUUCAACCAAAGCACGAUUACGGUAUGGAAGAAUAUUGGUUCGUCAAAUCAACAACCAAUGAAAAGACAGCAAAUGAAAAAAGUAGUUCACACGUAAAACAAAACUGAAAUGUGAUAUUAGUAAAUAAAUGAGAUUAUGGACUGUUUUAAUUUAAAUGUGUGAUAACCAUUUCAAUUGAAUGGUUAUAAUUUUAGCUUCAAAAGGUUUGGAUGGUGAGAAUGAGACGAAGUUGAUAGAAAUGAUUUUUAGUUAUAAAUGUGUUGGAUAUUUAUAAUUUUAAAUAUGUUGGAUGUUGAAAUAAUUUAUAAUUUUAAAUAUGUUGGAUAUUGAAAUGUUUUUUAAUUAUAAAUAUGUUUGAAAUUUAUGAUGUUAAAUAUAUGUUAACCCCUUAACUGUGUAGUUUUUAAAACGUUAACUACCCCCUAUUGUGUAAUUAAUUUGACGAAAAAUGUCAUUUUUGGACCCUUGUAUUCCUGAAUACAAACUAUAGUAGUCUGAAACCAUAUUAAAACUAACGGUUAAUAGAGUUGUCUCCCUUCAAUUAGAUUUCCUCGACCAGACGUAAUAUAACGUCCUACACAUGCUGCGAUUGUAUGUUCGAAGAAUAGGUUGGGGAAAAUACCUCCAGGGCGUUAUUAUUACGUCCUACACACGGUGAGUGGCAGUUGUCCAGGACGUUAUAUAACGGCCUACGCAGUUAAUGGGUUAAGGAGCUAAAUCGCUAAUAUUUGGCACCAAGAAAUUGACACAAAUGGGUCACAACACAUAUAUUAAUGUAAUAUGAAUGUACUGUAAUUUCAAAUCAGUUAUGUUCGCCGAAAUACGCCAGAAGUCUCAAUGAAAUGGUCAUUCCAGUCUACACUGAUAGUAUAUAUUGCGCAUGCUCUCCAGAUUAGAAUAUGCCGUCACCAUUUGACAUGACUUGUGGAAUAUAUGUCUAGCCUCGUUCUUCGAGUCCCUUCUUACAAAUGGCACUGAAAUGCAUUGUGGUACACAAUUCGCGUACCAAUGGUAAAAUGGUUAUUUUGUCUUUAAUAUUUGAUAUCAGAAGACUUACAGACUUUGCUACAUUAAGAUAUAGAGAUGAAUUUUAUUUCUUCUGAUAAUGUAAAUAUGUUAAGUACUUGAAAUAAUAAUUUUAACUACAAACCUGUUAAAUCUUUAUUACAAUUUCUAACGAGCAGACAUGUUGACUGACACCCUUAAUUGUUGACUGCAAUGCUGAAGGAGAAUAUUGUUUGUGCAAUUGUGCCAGUGGGAU